AUGUUUUUGACGCUAUCGGACCUGCUCUAUAUGAUAUGCAUAACAGCUAAUGGUUUACUCGGUAUUUCUGCCAAUUGCUUUCUUCUCUACAUGAUAGUAUGUAGAAGUCCACCACAGCUCACGCCAUACCGGAUUUUUCUGGCUAACACUGCACUUACACAAUUACUCUAUGCGUUGGUAAUGCUUAUGGUUGAACCAAAUCUCUUCAAAAUCCGUACCAACAUGUUUUGUUUCUCUACAGUGUCGCUGGUGUCCAGAAAUCUAAAACGACAACCUACUACCGCUAAUUACUGUGAAGGCUCCGCUUUUCAAUAUCCCCGAUUUGAGAAACUCGUACAUCUGGCAGUCAAUUCAUUCAUCUCCAUUAUGUUGUCAAUGAUUUUCCGAUGUGUCGCUGUCCUGACCCUGGGAUUUCCCACAUCAGCAGCAUAUGCCAUGUGCUUCCUUGGCUAUUUCGUACCACUCACCAUGGUGGUAAGUACUGCUAAAAUAGUCUCAUGGCUGGUUCGGAAAUACUUGUUUUUAAAAUUUGGCCAGAUUUGCAUUUUCCAGCUGGGCGCUAUAAACAUGGAGUACGUGAGCGAUUAUGAAUCAAAUGACAACUACAUGAAUCAUACCGUUAAGUACCUGGAACACUAUCGCACAGUUGUUGGAACGAGGGUUGAUCAGGCUUGUAUUCUGUGGGUGACCUUCUGUGUGACAUUCCUGUUGGUACCUAUUUAUGCAGUGAUGUACCUUUGUCGUUGGAAGAUUCACCAUACACUGUCAAAACCGACUUUUGUACAACAUCCCUCUACAAAAGUUUAUAUACGAAGGCUUGUCAAGGGAAAAGUGCUGAUACGGACAUUGACUGGUGCAAUCGAGCAACCGCCCAGAUCAACUAGUCACACAAUAACCUCAGAAUUUGACUUCGCAGAAGUGACAGAAGGUAUUAUCAAACUAGUCUACGGUUUUCAUAGCAGGGUCGAAGACGAUUCCUCAUUGAUACCGAUCGUGUAG